AUGUGUGAUGUUGUUACUUUAAACCUGAAAGGCAAACAAGGCAAAUGUAUCGAAGUUUCAGCUCUUUGUUUCGAGAAAAUCUGUUCACCUAUACCUACCAAGCUUGAUAAAUAUCCACAUUUGAGGGGAUUGGAUCUUGCUGAUUCCUCUCUCGCUGAGAACAGUCAUGAUGAAAUCAUUGUAAUUGGGGAAAUUGUAAGAGGAGAAGGUGGUCCAGUGGCUGUUAACAGUAAAUUUGGAUGGGUUCUCUCUGGGCCAUCGAGAGACACUGGAAAAAAUAACAAUGCAACAUUAUCGCACUUAGUAAUUGACGAGAAGAACCUGCAACAUAAUCUAUUGCCCGGCAGCAUCAAACGAGAUGAUAACCUGACGGAUAGUCUUCAAAGAUUCUGGGAUACCGAAUCGAUUGGUAUCAAGAAUGAUACGUUUAGUGAAACCCAGCCGACGGAAUUUCUACCCGAGAUACAUUUUGAUAAAGGUGAAGGAAGAUAUGAAGUUAAUCUGCUUUGGAAACAGGAAUGUUUUCCAAAGUCAACAGGAUAUGGUAUGUGUAUCAACAGAUUGCGACAACUGAAACAAGUCAUUCACCAGCAAAUAGACAGUGGUAUCAUUGAAUCAGUACCACAAGAAGACGACAACGAAGGAUAUUACUUACCAUAUCAUGGGGUGUUGAAGUCCGAGAGUGAGAGACUACGAAGCUACGAGUGGUUUUCGAUGGAUCAGCAAGACCAGAUAUAG